AUGGAGUGCAUCGGGGCCAUUGAUCAAGGCACUCAGAGCACCCGGUUCCUUCUCUACGAUCAGUCAGCGAAUCUCGUGGCAAGCCACCAAGUUGAAUUCACUCAGAUCACUCCUAAACCAGGAUGGGUGGAGCAUGACCCGCUGGAGAUCUGGCGGACCGUCCUCGAAUGCCUGGACAAGGCCUUGGAAGCUGCGCGCAGCAAAGUAGGACCUGUCAAAGUCGUGGCUUUGGGCAUAACAAACCAGCGGGAGACCACCCUUGUCUGGGACCGAACCACAGGCAAGCCUUGCCUGAGCUCCAUGCGCUUUAUUCACUACCCGCUGCACAAUGCCAUCGUGUGGAUGGACCGGAGGACUGCCAGCAUCUGCCAGCGCACCACAGAGGAGCUUGGCUCCAGCGACCAUUAUAGGGCAACCACGGGCCUGCCAGUGAGCACGUACUUCUCGGCUUUCAAGUGGGCCUGGCUGCAUGAGAAUGUAGAGGAGGUGCGGGAAGCCAGGGCAGAGGGCCGCUGCAUGCUGGGCACCAUCGACUCCUGGCUCAUCUACAACCUCACUGGCGGCGUGGACGGCAGGGAUUGUAUUGAAGAACUUGCCGAUCGCACAGGUGGCAUCCAUGUGACGGACGUGUCUAACGCGGCGCGCACUUUCCUGAUGGACAUUUGCACGCUGAACUGGGACGCGGGCCUGCUGCAGCGAUUUGGGCUUUCGGAGGACAUGCUCCCGCGCAUCUGCAGCAACGCCGAGGUUUACGGGACGGUCAAGGGGACCCCCCUGGAUGGCAUCCCCAUCGCAGGGUGUUUGGGGGAUCAGCAAGCGGCGAUGCUGGGGCAGCGGUGCAAGCCGCUGGAGGCCAAGAACACCUACGGCACCGGCUGUUUCGUGCUGCUCAACACCGGCACCACACCCAUCCAGUCCUCCCAUGGCCUCCUCACCACCAUGGCGUACAAGCUGGGGCCUGAGGAGCCGGCACAGUAUGCGCUGGAGGGAGCAAUAGCCAUCGCGGGCGCAGGGGUGAGCUGGCUCAAGGACUCCCUGCGCAUAAUCGACUCCCCUGAAGAGUCCGCCACCCUGGCUGCCUCCGUGGACACCACCGGAGGGGUGUACUUUGUGCCGGCGUUUGGGGGACUGCUAGCGCCGCAGUGGCGAAGCGAUGCGCGGGGCGUGAUCUUGGGCCUGUCGAGCUUCACCACGCGAGCGCACAUCACUCGCGCCCUCCUCGAAGCCAUUGCCUGGCAGACAAAGGAGGUGCUGGACGCGAUGAUGGCGGAUGCUGGGCGCGAGGGGUUCAGCCUGCUGCGAGUUGACGGAGGCGCCAGCCGCAACGACGUGCUCAUGCAGCUUCAGGCCGACGCCAUCCAGAUUCCUGUGCGGCGGCCGCAGCACUUGGAGACAACAUGCAUGGGGGCCGCGUAUGCAGCCGGCAUCGGCAUUGGCUUCUGGAGCAAGGAGUGGGUGCUCCACAAUGACGAUUCCCAUUCCCGUAACUCCCAGGAAUUUCAUCCCAAGGCUGAUCCUGAGAAGAUACAACAGCGGUUCAGAUGCUGGAAGGAGGCCGUCAAACGAUCAUUCAAUCUGGAAGAUUUUGAACUGCAAUGA